GCGCGGGCGGGCGCGUGUGUGCGCGUGCAGGAGCCACUGGGUGUGCGUUGCGUGUGUUAUGGGUUUGAUUCCAGAGCAGGUUGCACAUUGGUCCUGGGUGGCUCGCAGGCUCAGGUCGUGCUUGGGCGUCCUCCUCCUAAUCGUUUCUGAAGUAGCAGUUCCAGCAGCAGCAGCAGCGGCAGCCGCGGCAGCAGCGGCAGCGGCGCCUCCGCAGCAAAGCCUGAACUGUGCAGAAGCAGCGAGCACCGUUUGGGGAGUCUGGGGGGCGGGUAAGAGGGAGGAGGGAGAAAGCCUGGCUAGGUCUUUGGGAUUAUUUUUUUCCCCUUCUUUCCCUCUCUCUCUUUCUGGAGGGUGUGUGUUGCCCCCUCGAAGUGAAGGAAUUUUGCUCCAAAGCGAGCUGGGACCGAAGACUCUAGGCUAAGUUCUCUCUCUAUGUAGAUGGUGUCAGGGAGCGAAGCUACUGACCGAGCUGCUGGUAAAUGUUUUUCACUUCUUACUCUUUAAUGCUUAAGGCUUUUUUCCCCUCUUUUUUCUUUCUUCCUCGUUUCCGUUCUGUUGCUCUUCAUUCUGCAAUCGCUCCUGAAUCGCUGCAGUUUUCUCUCCCUCGCCUUGCGUUUGUGCAGUUUGCAACUUGUUUCAUGGUUUUCUGUGUAUUUUUUUUUUCUUAUUUUUUUUUUCUUUCUCCCUUCAUCCUCAGAUGAAUGCUGGAACAUUUAAAUUCGGCACUUCGGGAGGUCAUCAUUAGUUGCAUGAGUUUGGGGGCGGGGAGGGGAAAGAUUGGUAGAACCGGCUGUUAUUUCCCUGCAGAAGGACUUGCCGCUUUCUCUCUAAUGUUCAUCGCAAUUAUAGGGAUUCUUUUAGGAUUCAUUUUAACAUUGCAUUCAUGUUUAAGGUUAUCGCUCUCCGGGAUUACAAUGCGUUUUGACUCAGUUUUAACAGCAUGACCGAUGCCAGUGAUUCCAGACCUACUGUAUGGUACACGCUGGCUAAAAUAUUCAAAAUUGCAGGAAGAAUCCUUUGCAUUCCGAAAGAGAAUUUCUUUAAAAAUGCUGUUUUGCAUUACACUGCUGCAGAUUUGCAGGAAGCAAUAAUAGACACGGCUUUUCAUGUGGCUUGAAAAGAUAAUAAACAGAUAAGUGGCUCAGUGCAUCACUCCACUGACUGAGCUAUGGUUAAAUUUACUUAAUAAAUUUGGGGUUUUGAAGAAGCAGGAGGAUGCUGGUAUUGUUUUAUUCACAAUUGUGAGACAUACAGAGCUUGCUAACCUCAGACCAGCCCUCUCUCAGCUCUUACUUGAAGUGGUGUCUUGUCAAUUGGGGAGAAGGAGAGUAGUUUCUGCUAUACACAUGGAAUGAAAUUAUUUAAAAUAGCCAGUGUAAUGCAUGCAAAUUGGACCCUUACUCUUCCUUAAAAACGGAAUUCACUCCAUCACCCUUGCUGCCAGGGUCCAUUUUAAACAUUAUUUUUAAUAUCACAUAUAAUAGUUCUUUAAUGCCAUCAAAUAAUUUGAGUCCUUUAGAGGGUUCUGGGUAGUAACAAUAUUUCAUUUGUCUUUUUUGUUCCUCCUUAAGUUUUCAGUUCCAGUUGAGUAGAAAAAUUGAAGGGUCAAUAAGUAAAGGCAAAUCAGCGAUUCAGAAGGAAAUGGGUUUAGGGUUGGAAAUUUUCUGCUAAGCCAUGUAGAAAUGCACUGGUGGUAUGUAGGAGCUGUACAGUAGAGAGGAGGGCCGUGCUUGCACAUUAUCACCUCCAAAUGCACGGGGCUCUAAACUCAGAUGAGGAGACCCAGGUUAGGAAUGCUCCGCCGAGGCACAUGUGGUUUUGCACAGGGAGAAUAUUAUUCUGUAAAGAAGACUGCCUCUACAGUGUAGUAGUCACCUCAAGAGCAGCAGGCUGCCUAGGUGUAGGGAGCAUGGCUUGCCGUAAUACUGUUAAACUUCGCUUUAAUGUAAACUUAGCUGGUGUUGGGAGAACUGCAGAAGGUAGCAUAGUAUAUUCAGGACUGAAGAAUAAAACCAGCUGUAAAUUAACUCAAGUAGUCAGGCUCUGUUGUAUGUUAGAGCAAAUCUCCCUUAAACCACCUUGCAGGUUCACCUGUUCUGUUUCCCUUAAGGUUGACAAAAGCCAUUCUUAAAAUUCCUGAGAUCUAAACCUUAUUUCUGCCUUUGUAUCCUACUAAUAAAAAAUGAGGCAUCUUAUUUGGAAAGAGAGUGCUGUUUAUUCAGGACUCUCUUGAGAUGGCAAUGUUGCCGUUUUAAAAUAUUUUCAUGGACCCUUGAGCUUACCAUUUUGAUUAAAUUGGAGGAGAAAAACACUCCGCUUCUAUUCAUUUAGAACAGUUUUUGACUGAAGGAUUUGCUUGUAUAAAUCAUAAAGAAACAAAAAUGCAUUCACAUAGUAACCCCCAAUCCUCUGAAACUAAGGCAUCCAAAACAUCUUAGUAUUCUUCUUCUAAGACCAAACCCAGGGCAGUGCACCCCAUGCUGAGCAGCUACAGUAGUAGUCCACAACACCCACAACCAUGGGCACUAAGAGAUAGCUGACCACCACGUUGAGGACUCUUUUGAUGGGCCCAUGGGGCAAACCAUCUAAUUGGAACAUAUUCAAAGCACACCUUUAUAUACAAACAUCACUAUUAGCUUCCUUCUCGGCAUCUUCACUAUAGAGGAAACCAGGACUGUUUAUUUUUAAGAACACAUUUCUUUCCUGCUGAGGUUGUUUUCUGUUUUGUUUUGUUUUUCUCUGCCCCACCCCUCUGUGGACUUCUAGUUUCCUGGCAACUUCUAAAACGCUCUGAUAUUUUGUGUUAAAAUAUUCAACACCUCCAUGUUUUCAACUCAAUGGCAAGCUGUACCACUAUUCAAUGAACUGGAUUUUCAAUUGCUCUAAUGUGGUUCUCUGUCGUAGCAUGUCUGUGGCUUGUUGGUGUGGUUGAUGGGUUUAUUAUUAUCAUUAAGUUUAUUAUUAAAUCUUCACUAAGAGCCUUUAAUUCGUGUGCCUGAUGUUGAUUUCAAGUUAAUGUAUCAAAAUAGUAUCAUCAUCUUGACGGGCUUGUUGGUAAAUUAGAGAGUUUACUUUCAGUUGGUAUUCCUGUGGCAUUUCAGUAUGUGCAAAAGCCUUGCACUUCCUAGAGAAAGUAACUUCUUUUUUUGGCAAGGGGGCUGUGUAGAAGGACAGGUGUCUGAGACUGGAUUCACAGACCUUGACAAUUAUGUUUGACUAUUGUUAGAGUUCCUGCUUGCAUCUUUAUAGGAAUGGAGGUUUCUCUGCAUGUCCAACAUGUUGAUUAUGCUAGACCUCCUGAAUGUUUCUUAAAAUUAAUUGCAAUUCCCUUUCCUUGUGUUAGUGAAAGAAACUUUGAACUAACUGUGUGCUUUUCAGGAGCACCUGGAUCGUCUAGCCUAGCUCCUUCAUAGGUUUCCCUUUUGCAGACUGAUUUUGAGAAGUGAUUUCUGGUGAAAUAUGAUCAAGGUCAUUUCCAAGGGCUUUUUUUUUUUUUUUAAAUCCUUUCCCAUCUGAGGGCUGCAAGUUAAACUGAUAGUGAGAUUUGGAGAGGGAAAACUUACUAUCAAACUGCUUACCUCACACAUGGCUGUGGACAAAGCAUCUUUUCUUUUCCUCAUUACUUUGCACGGAGCAACAGUUUUAUUCUUCAAUCUGCUGCUGACUCUUGGUAACCCUUAUGUGUUCACACUCUCCAUUCCACUCUCUGAAGAGGUGGAGCAGACUUUCAGCCAACAGAUAGUGCCUAAAUACUUGCAGUUUUAAAAUACAUUUUCAGUGAAAAGAUGGGUAUUGGUAUUUGAUUAAAUGAGAUAAAUUUUGUAAGUAGGGAAUAAUGAAUUUAAUGUUUUUUAAAUAUAUCAGUUAUUUUAUGGAAUUUCUUCUGCUGAGAGCCAAUAGCAGCUUUGCUAAAGUAUCCUUUGUAUUUCUUGGUUUUAGUUUGAUUUAUAUAAGAAAUAGUCACAUUGUUUAGUAAUAUGUACAACUAGCAACAUAGAGUUAUUUCUACUAUCUUGGUCUCUUUUCCCAAGUAAGAAAGACAAAACACUUCUUAAUGUAAUUAUUUUAGAUGAACUAAUAGUUGUACUACUAAUUUUUUCAAAAGGCUCUAUAAGCUAUAGAAGCAUACAUCUCUUUCUUUAAACCUAUGUGUCCCUGAACAAUCUAGUAUAUUGUAUAUACUACCUUGUGAUUCUGAACUUGAAGUAGUGCAGCUCUCAAAAAUCAGUUGCUGCAUAGCAAAACGUGAAGAACUCUGAGAACUAGUCCACAGAUGAAGUUCCUUUAGUUAUUUUUUUUUCUGAAACUCUUUCAUUGGUCCAUCUGUCCUGGACAUAAAAUUGCAAUCUUUAUAGGCAAGAGGAAUUCUCGGGAUUGGGGGGGGGGCGUAGUUGGCUGUGCUGUGAGUGAAAAGAGAGCAGGUGUUUUAACUCAGUAAGCUUAAUAAAGAGAAAUCCAAACAAAACAAUGCCAGUGGUAUGUUAAAGUAAAAUCUAUUUCUCUCCGUAAGGAGUUCCACAGCCCCUCCCCUGAGACAAUGUGACUUGAACGGACCAGUUGACAGCAUCCCUCAUAUUACUAACAGUGUGAGCCCCUGCUAGAGUGUGCAUGCAUGAGAAGUGCUAAACAGUCAAGUCUGUCUUGAAGAAAUACAGUGCUGGGUGUUUGGGAAGAGACUUGGUUCCUUUGAGGUGCCCAGUUCUGGACUGGCCUGCAGUUGGGAAGGGGAUUGUGUCUGCCUGCAGAUCUCCUGGUUUGGGGAACUGUCCCUCCUGAUGCUCUGUCUUCACUGAGUUGCACCUGCUCUUCCCUGUGUAAGCCCUCUGGACCUUGCUCUACUUCUUGGCUUUGCUGGUGAGCACUCCUAGAAAAGCAGCUGGAUUGUACAUCAGACAUCCACCCACUUGGUGGCUAAAGUGAAAGGUGUCAAUACUCUAGCCUGCCCUUUCUGAAAGUCGUGGAGUUCUGUUUCAUCUGGAAUAAUGGAUGUAAAGGACCGACGACAUCGCUCUUUAACCAGGGGACGCUGUGGCAAGGAGUGUCGCUACACCAGCUCCUCCCUGGACAGUGAAGACUGCCGUGUGCCCACGCAGAAGUCCUACAGCUCCAGUGAAACCCUGAAGGCUUAUGACCACGACAGCAGAAUGCACUACGGAAACCGAGUCACAGACCUGGUGCACCGGGAAUCGGAUGAGUUUUCCAGACAAGGGACUAACUUCACCCUGGCGGAGUUGGGGAUCUGCGAGCCCUCCCCUCACCGAACUGGUUACUGUUCCGACAUGGGGAUCCUCCACCAGGGCUACUCCCUGAGCACUGGGUCUGAUGCCGACUCGGACACCGAGGGAGGGAUGUCUCCGGAACACGCCAUCAGACUGUGGGGACGUGGGAUAAAGUCCAGGCGCAGCUCCGGCCUGUCCAGCCGUGAGAACUCAGCCCUUACUCUGACUGAUUCUGACAAUGAAAACAAGUCGGAUGACGAGAACGGUCGUCCCAUUCCACCUACAUCCUCGUCUAGCCUCCUCCCAUCUGCUCAGCUGCCUAGCUCCCAUAAUCCUCCACCAGUUAGCUGCCAGAUGCCAUUGCUAGACAGCAACACCUCCCAUCAGAUCAUGGACACCAACCCUGAUGAGGAAUUCUCCCCCAAUUCAUACCUGCUCAGAGCAUGCUCAGGGCCCCAGCAAGCCUCCAGCAGUGGCCCGCCGAACCACCACAGCCAGUCAACUCUGAGGCCCCCUCUGCCACCCCCUCAUAACCACACAUUGUCCCAUCACCACUCGUCUGCCAACUCCCUCAACAGGAACUCACUGACCAAUCGGCGGAGCCAAAUCCACGCGCCAGCUCCAGCACCCAAUGACCUGGCCACCACACCAGAGUCCGUUCAGCUUCAGGACAGCUGGGUGCUAAACAGUAACGUGCCACUGGAGACUCGGCACUUCCUCUUCAAGACAUCCUCCGGAAGCACACCCCUGUUCAGCAGCUCUUCUCCAGGAUACCCUUUGACCUCAGGAACCGUUUACACACCACCACCCCGCCUGCUGCCGCGGAAUACGUUCUCCAGGAAGGCCUUCAAGCUGAAGAAGCCCUCCAAAUACUGCAGUUGGAAAUGCGCUGCCCUGUCCGCCAUCGCUGCGGCCCUUCUCUUGGCCAUUUUGCUGGCAUAUUUCAUAGCAAUGCAUCUGCUCGGACUCAAUUGGCAACUCCAGCCGGCAGAUGGACACACCUUUAACAAUGGCGUAAGGACCGGCUUACCAGGAAACGAUGAUGUGGUAACAGUGCCAUCUGGAGGCAAAGUGCCCUGGUCAUUGAGAAACAGCAGCAUCGACAGCGGCGAAGCGGAAGUUGGCCGACGCGUGACACAGGAAGUCCCGCCAGGGGUGUUUUGGAGGUCACAGAUUCACAUCAGUCAGCCCCAGUUCUUAAAGUUCAACAUCUCCCUGGGAAAGGAUGCCCUCUUUGGUGUCUACAUAAGGAGAGGACUGCCACCGUCUCAUGCACAGUAUGACUUCAUGGAACGCCUGGAUGGAAAGGAGAAGUGGAGUGUGGUCGAGUCGCCCAGGGAACGCCGCAGCAUCCAGACCCUGGUGCAGAACGAGGCCGUGUUCGUGCAGUACCUGGAUGUGGGCCUGUGGCACCUGGCCUUCUACAAUGAUGGCAAAGACAAGGAGAUGGUUUCCUUCAAUACGGUCGUCUUAGAUUCAGUGCAGGACUGUCCACGGAACUGCCACGGCAAUGGCGAAUGUGUGUCCGGACUCUGUCACUGCUUCCCAGGAUUCCUGGGCGCAGACUGCGCUAAAGCUGCCUGCCCCGUCCUGUGCAGUGGGAAUGGACAGUACUCCAAAGGAACAUGUCAGUGCUACAGCGGCUGGAAGGGUGCCGAGUGUGAUGUGCCUAUGAACCAGUGCAUCGAUCCUUCCUGUGGGGGCCACGGCUCCUGCAUUGAUGGGAAUUGUGUGUGUGCUGCUGGCUACAAGGGGGAGCACUGUGAGGAAGUCGACUGCUUGGAUCCCACCUGUUCCAGCCAUGGUGUCUGUGUGCAUGGAGAGUGUUUAUGCAGCCCUGGCUGGGGUGGUCUCAACUGUGAGCUGGCAAGGGUUCAGUGCCCAGACCAGUGCAGUGGGCAUGGCACUUACCUCCCUGACUCCGGCCUCUGCAGCUGUGAUCCGAACUGGAUGGGUCCCGACUGCUCCGUUGAAGUGUGCUCAGUAGACUGUGGCACUCACGGCGUCUGCAUCGGGGGAGCCUGCCGCUGUGAAGAGGGCUGGACAGGCGCGGCUUGUGACCAGCGCGUGUGCCACCCCCGCUGCAUUGAGCACGGGACCUGUAAAGAUGGCAAAUGUGAAUGCCGAGAGGGCUGGAAUGGUGAACACUGCACCAUUGGUAGGCAAACGGCAGGCACCGAAACAGAUGGCUGCCCUGAUUUGUGCAACGGUAACGGGAGAUGCACACUGGGUCAGAACAGCUGGCAGUGUGUCUGCCAGACCGGCUGGAGAGGGCCCGGAUGCAACGUUGCCAUGGAAACCUCCUGCGCUGAUAACAAGGAUAAUGAGGGAGAUGGCCUGGUGGAUUGCCUGGACCCUGACUGCUGCCUGCAGUCAGCCUGUCAGAACAGCCUGCUCUGUCGGGGGUCCCGGGACCCCUUGGACAUCAUUCAGCAAGGCCAGACAGACUGGCCUGCAGUGAAGUCCUUCUAUGAUCGCAUCAAGCUCUUGGCGGGCAAGGACAGCACCCACAUCAUUCCUGGAGACAACCCCUUCAAUAGCAGCCUGGUUUCUCUGAUCCGAGGCCAAGUGGUAACCACGGAUGGGACUCCCUUGGUUGGUGUCAAUGUGUCUUUUGUCAAAUACCCAAAAUAUGGCUACACCAUCACUCGCCAGGAUGGCACGUUUGACCUGAUUGCCAAUGGGGGUGCCGCCUUGACUCUGCACUUCGAGAGAGCCCCUUUCAUGAGCCAGGAGCGCACAGUGUGGCUGCCAUGGAAUAGCUUCUAUGCCAUGGACACCCUGGUGAUGAAGACUGAGGAGAACUCCAUUCCCAGCUGUGAUCUCAGUGGCUUUGUCCGGCCUGAUCCGAUCAUCAUCUCCUCCCCUCUGUCCACCUUCUUCAGCGCUUCCCCUGCAGCGAACCCCAUUGUGCCCGAGACCCAGGUUCUUCAUGAAGAAAUUGAGCUCCCAGGUUCCAAUGUGAAGCUCCGAUACCUCAGCUCCAGAACGGCAGGAUACAAGUCACUGCUGAAGAUCACCAUGACCCAGUCCACGGUGCCCUUGAACCUCAUCAGGGUUCACUUGAUGGUUGCUGUUGAGGGGCACCUCUUCCAGAAGUCAUUCCAGGCUUCUCCCAACCUGGCCUACACAUUUAUCUGGGACAAGACAGAUGCUUAUGGCCAAAGGGUGUAUGGGCUAUCUGAUGCUGUUGUGUCUGUCGGGUUUGAAUAUGAGACCUGUCCCAGUCUCAUCCUGUGGGAGAAAAGGACAGCCCUGCUCCAGGGAUUUGAGCUGGACCCUUCCAACCUUGGUGGCUGGUCCCUGGACAAGCACCACAUCCUCAAUGUGAAGAGCGGAAUACUACACAAAGGCACCGGGGAGAACCAGUUCCUGACCCAGCAGCCCGCCAUCAUCACAAGCAUCAUGGGCAACGGUCGCCGCAGGAGCAUCUCCUGUCCCAGCUGCAAUGGCCUUGCCGAAGGCAACAAGCUGUUGGCCCCUGUGGCCCUGGCUGUGGGGAUCGACGGGAGUCUCUUUGUCGGUGACUUCAACUACAUACGGCGCAUCUUCCCCUCUCGAAAUGUGACCAGUAUCUUGGAGUUACGAAAUAAAGAGUUUAAACAUAGCAACAGCCCAGGACACAAGUACUACUUGGCUGUGGACCCUGUGACCGGCUCACUCUACGUUUCUGACACCAACAGUCGCAGAAUCUACCGAGUCAAGUCUCUGAGUGGAGCCAAAGACCUGGCUGGGAACUCAGAGGUGGUGGCGGGAACUGGUGAACAGUGUCUGCCCUUUGAUGAAGCCCGCUGUGGGGAUGGAGGGAAGGCUGUGGAUGCGACCCUGAUGAGCCCUCGAGGUAUUGCAGUGGACAAGAAUGGGCUUAUGUACUUCGUUGAUGCUACCAUGAUCCGGAAGGUGGACCAAAAUGGAAUCAUCUCCACCCUGCUGGGGUCCAAUGACCUCACAGCUGUCCGGCCACUGAGCUGUGACUCCAGCAUGGAUGUGGCCCAGGUUCGUCUGGAAUGGCCGACAGACCUUGCCGUCAACCCCAUGGACAAUUCCCUGUACGUUCUGGAGAACAACGUCAUCCUGCGGAUCACCGAGAAUCACCAGGUCAGCAUCAUCGCAGGACGGCCUAUGCACUGCCAGGUUCCUGGCAUUGACUACUCACUCAGUAAGCUUGCCAUCCACUCUGCUCUGGAGUCAGCCAGCGCCAUCGCCAUUUCUCACACUGGGGUGCUCUACAUCACGGAGACGGAUGAGAAAAAGAUCAACCGCCUACGCCAGGUCACCACCAAUGGGGAGAUCUGCCUCUUAGCCGGGGCAGCCUCUGACUGCGACUGCAAAAAUGACGUCAAUUGCAUCUGCUAUUCCGGAGAUGAUGCUUACGCCACAGACGCCAUCUUGAACUCCCCAUCCUCCUUAGCUGUGGCUCCCGAUGGCACCAUCUACAUCGCAGACCUUGGGAAUAUUCGGAUCAGGGCGGUCAGCAAAAACAAACCUGUUCUUAAUGCCUUCAACCAGUAUGAGGCUGCAUCUCCGGGAGAGCAGGAAUUGUACGUGUUCAACGCCGAUGGUAUCCAUCAGUACACCGUGAGCCUGGUGACGGGGGAGUACUUGUACAAUUUCACAUACAGUGCCGACAAUGACGUCACUGAGUUGAUUGACAACAACGGAAAUUCCCUAAAGAUCCGCCGGGACAGCAGCGGCAUGCCCCGCCACCUGCUCAUGCCCGAUAACCAGAUCAUCACCCUUACCGUGGGCACCAAUGGAGGCCUCAAAGCCGUGUCUACACAGAACCUGGAGCUUGGCCUCAUGACCUAUGAUGGGAACACUGGACUCCUAGCCACGAAGAGUGAUGAAACUGGAUGGACCACUUUCUAUGACUAUGACCACGAGGGCCGUCUGACCAACGUGACCCGGCCCACGGGGGUGGUGACCAGUCUGCACCGGGAGAUGGAGAAAUCCAUCACCAUCGACAUUGAGAACUCCAACCGUGAUGACGAUGUCACUGUGAUCACCAACCUCUCUUCAGUGGAGGCCUCCUACACCGUGGUGCAAGAUCAAGUGCGAAACAGCUACCAGCUCUGCAAUAACGGAACCCUGCGGGUGAUGUACGCCAACGGCAUGGGUGUCAGCUUCCACAGUGAGCCCCACGUCCUGGCAGGCACCAUCACCCCCACCAUUGGGCGCUGCAACAUCUCACUGCCCAUGGAGAACGGCCUAAACUCCAUCGAGUGGCGCCUGAGGAAGGAACAGAUUAAAGGCAAAGUCACCAUCUUCGGGAGGAAGCUUCGGGUCCAUGGGAGGAACCUCCUGUCCAUUGAUUAUGACCGGAACAUCCGGACAGAGAAGAUCUAUGACGACCACCGGAAAUUCACCCUGAGAAUCAUCUAUGACCAGGUGGGCCGCCCCUUCCUGUGGCUCCCCAGCAGCGGGCUGGCAGCCGUCAAUGUCUCCUACUUCUUCAACGGGCGCUUGGCCGGCCUUCAGCGUGGGGCCAUGAGCGAGAGGACAGACAUUGACAAGCAGGGUCGGAUUGUGUCUCGCAUGUUCGCUGACGGGAAAGUCUGGAGCUAUUCCUAUCUUGACAAGUCUAUGGUCCUCCUGCUGCAGAGCCAACGUCAGUACAUAUUCGAGUAUGACUCCUCUGACCGCCUCCACGCAGUCACUAUGCCCAGUGUCGCCCGGCACAGCAUGUCCACACACACCUCCAUUGGCUACAUCCGAAACAUUUACAACCCACCCGAAAGCAAUGCAUCCGUCAUCUUUGACUACAGUGAUGACGGCCGCAUCCUAAAGACGUCUUUCCUGGGCACUGGGCGCCAGGUGUUCUACAAGUAUGGCAAACUCUCCAAGUUAUCGGAGAUCGUCUACGACAGCACAGCCGUCACCUUUGGCUACGAUGAGACCACUGGCGUUCUGAAGAUGGUCAAUCUCCAAAGCGGGGGCUUCUCCUGUACCAUCAGGUACCGCAAGGUUGGGCCCCUUGUGGACAAGCAGAUUUACAGGUUCUCUGAGGAAGGCAUGAUCAACGCCAGGUUUGACUACACCUAUCACGACAACAGCUUCCGCAUCGCCAGCAUCAAACCUGUCAUAAGUGAGACUCCCCUUCCUGUCGACCUCUACCGCUAUGACGAGAUUUCAGGCAAGGUGGAACACUUUGGCAAGUUUGGGGUCAUCUACUAUGACAUCAACCAGAUCAUCACCACUGCUGUCAUGACACUCAGCAAGCACUUUGACACCCAUGGGCGCAUCAAGGAAGUGCAAUAUGAGAUGUUCCGGUCGCUCAUGUACUGGAUGACAGUGCAAUAUGACAGCAUGGGCAGAGUCAUCAAGAGGGAACUGAAACUGGGGCCCUAUGCCAACACCACCAAGUACACCUAUGACUAUGAUGGGGAUGGCCAGCUCCAGAGUGUGGCAGUCAAUGACCGGCCUACCUGGCGCUACAGCUAUGACCUCAAUGGGAACCUGCACCUGCUAAAUCCAGGAAACAGUGCUCGCCUCAUGCCCUUACGCUAUGACCUCCGUGACCGGAUAACCAGGCUGGGGGAUGUGCAGUACAAAAUCGAUGACGAUGGCUAUCUGUGCCAGCGAGGGUCUGACAUCUUUGAAUACAAUUCCAAGGGCCUCCUGACGAGGGCGUACAACAAGGCCAGUGGGUGGAGCGUGCAGUACCGCUAUGACGGCGUGGGCCGACGGGCUUCCUACAAGACCAACCUCGGCCACCACCUGCAGUACUUCUACUCCGACCUCCACAACCCCACGCGUAUCACCCACGUCUACAACCACUCCAACUCCGAGAUCACCUCGCUCUACUAUGACCUCCAGGGCCACCUCUUUGCCAUGGAGAGCAGCAGCGGAGAGGAAUACUACGUGGCCUCGGAUAACACUGGGACCCCUCUGGCUGUCUUCAGCAUCAAUGGCCUCAUGAUCAAGCAGCUGCAGUACACAGCCUAUGGGGAGAUUUACUACGACUCCAACCCUGAUUUUCAGAUGGUCAUUGGCUUCCACGGAGGCCUCUAUGACCCCCUCACCAAGCUUGUCCACUUUACCCAGCGUGAUUACGACGUGCUGGCAGGGCGCUGGACAUCCCCUGACUACACCAUGUGGAGAAAUGUGGGCAAGGAGCCGGCCCCCUUCAACCUGUACAUGUUCAAGAACAACAAUCCGCUCAGCAACGAGCUGGAUUUGAAGAACUACGUGACAGAUGUGAAAAGCUGGCUUGUGAUGUUUGGAUUUCAGCUCAGCAACAUCAUUCCUGGAUUCCCAAGAGCCAAAAUGUAUUUUGUGCCUCCCCCCUAUGAACUGUCAGAGAGUCAAGCAAGUGAGAACGGACAGCUCAUUACAGGUGUCCAGCAGACCACAGAGAGGCAUAACCAGGCCUUCCUGGCUCUGGAAGGACAGGUCAUCACCAAAAAGCUCCAUGCCAGCAUCCGAGAGAAAGCAGGUCACUGGUUUGCUACCACCACGCCCAUCAUCGGCAAAGGCAUCAUGUUCGCCAUCAAAGAAGGGCGGGUGACCACCGGUGUGUCCAGCAUCGCCAGUGAGGACAGCCGCAAGGUGGCGUCCGUGUUGAACAACGCCUACUACUUGGAUAAGAUGCACUACAGCAUCGAGGGCAAGGACACGCACUACUUCGUGAAGAUCGGGGCAGCGGAUGGAGACCUGGUCACGCUGGGCACCACCAUUGGGCGCAAGGUGCUGGAGAGCGGGGUGAAUGUGACUGUGUCACAGCCCACGCUGCUGGUGAAUGGCAGGACUCGAAGGUUCACCAACAUUGAGUUCCAGUACUCCACCCUGCUGCUCAGCAUCCGCUACGGCCUCACCCCUGACACGCUGGACGAAGAGAAGGCCCGAGUCCUGGACCAAGCAAGACAGAGGGCCCUGGGCACUGCCUGGGCCAAGGAGCAGCAGAAAGCCAGGGACGGGAGAGAGGGCAGCCGCCUGUGGACGGAGGGCGAGAAGCAGCAACUCCUAAGCACAGGACGGGUACAAGGUUAUGAGGGCUAUUACGUGCUUCCCGUGGAACAGUACCCAGAGCUGGCAGACAGUAGCAGCAACAUCCAGUUCUUAAGACAGAACGAGAUGGGAAAGAGGUAACAAAAUUAUCUGCUGCCACCUCUUCUCUGGGUGGCUCAGCAGGAGCAACUGUGACCUCCUCUCCUAAGGAGACGAAGACCUAACAGGGGCACUGAGGCCAGGCUGCUUUAGGAUCCCCAGUGGCAAGAAAGCUCACAUUUUUUGAGUUCAAAUGCUACUGUCCAAGCGCAAAGUCCCUCUUCCUGAAGUAGACUAGAGCUCGGCCACAAAUUCUGAGGAAAACAAAAGAAACGGAUGAAUGAAUGAAUGAACAAACACACAAAAUGUUUCAAGUUCCCCUAAAAUAUGACCCACUUGUUCUGGGUCUAACGCAGAAAAGAGACGUAGAACAGCCAAAAGGAAAGGAGCAGAAAACAAACAAAAACAAACAAACAAAAAGACAAACACACCACCGACCGUACAAACGAAGAAAUGAAGACGAGAAGGCCUCAUAUCCUAAUACCUCACUCAUUCACACGUGAGCAACACAGAGACAUUCACAAGGGCCGGCGUCACCAGACCAGCUGAGGACCAACCACUCAGACUGAUUGUUGGACAAACACUUCCGAUGUUUUCGUUUAAGCAAAUACAGGUGCAUUUAAAAACACGACUUUGGGGGUGAUUUGUGUGUAGCGCCUGGGGAGGGGGGGCACAAAAGUGGAGGAGUGAGCACUGGAAAUACUUUUUAAAGAAAAAGAAAAACACAAGAAAAAAAAAAAGAAAAGGAAAGAAAUUAAUAUCAGCAGUCAAAGCGAAACAAUACCGUCCGGCACUUAACUCUCAGGUCUCCACUUAGUCAGGCCUGAGCUAAUUUAUUUGAGCGCAGAGUGUAAAAUUUAAUUCAAAAUGGUGGCUAUACUCACUACACAUAAAUCUCAUACUCUUUUUGUCUUUGGAGAUUCCAUUGUGGACAGUAAUACGCAGUUACAGGGUGUAGUCUGUUUAGAUUCCGUAGUUUGUGGGUAUCAGUGGCGGUAGAGGUUCGACAUUUGUGACUCUGUUGCUAACGGUACCACUUCCGAUCGCCCUGUACAUACAUAUGCCGCAAGGCACAAUCACUGUUUCAAGACUUAAAAUUAUUAGUGUGUUUGUUUGGUCCAGAAACUGAGACAAUCACAUGACAGUCACCGCGAGGAGAGAAAAUAAAAAAAAAUAAAUAAAAACAAAAAAAAUUUUAAAAAGUUAAAAAAAAAAUAACAAAAAAAGUCUAAUAAGAACUUUGGUACAGGAACUUUUUUGUAAUAUACAUGUAUGAAUUGUUCAUCGAGUUUUUAUAUUAAUUUUAAUUUGCUGCUAAGCAAAGACUAGGGACAGGCAAAGAUAAUUUAUGGCAAAGUGUUUAAAUUGUUUAUACAUAAAUAAAGUCUCUAAAACUCCUGUGGA